UUCACAUGAAACAUUCGCACAAGGGACCUGCUGAUCUAUUAACUUGCCCACACAUCACGCAGGUGAUAACUGGGAUUGUCAAGCCACAGGUGCAACUCCUGGAGCCUUGUGUUAAGGAGCAGUCAAGUAUCUUGGAGCCUUGUGUUAAGGAGCAGUCAAGUAUCUUGGAGCCUUGUGUUAACGAGCAGUCAAGUAUCUUGGAGCCUUGUGUAAAAUAUCAGUUAGCACUGGCAUGGCCGCUGAGCGGACGGAAUCCUUUGACAAGCUGCGGCCGGUCUGUGUGAAGCUCACCAAGGAACAAACGCGAGAGAGUGUGCAAGAGCUGUUCGAUGGCAUCAGGUCAGUUCCAGCUGACGUGCUUCAGGAUCUGCAGGAGUAUGUGCUCUUCCCGCUGAGAUUCACCAUCAAGCACCAGACACAGGACACCCUGAAGGAGGACGUCCUUGCGGCUGUGUGUGCCUGUGUGGGGCACGUCCUCUCACACACAGCUGUCACUCGCUGGGAGAUGUUCCAGGACAUGUUCACCAGCUUCACAUCGCUGCUGGUUGCCCCUGACAACGGACAGGGCAGAGCGAUCUCCUCCGAUGAGCUGAAGCUGGGUGUAGUCCAGGUGCUGGGGACCCUCCUCAAGAGUGCUGAUGAGACCGUGGUCCGCUGCCUGUUCUCUGCGUACAGCCUGCCAGCGGUGGGCUAUGCUGUGUCCGUGUUGCUGAGGUUAGGGGAGACUGACAAGUGUCGGGAUGUUCAGCUUGCUGCCAUGGAAACGCUUCUCUGUCUGAGUCAUGCUGACAGCACAAGUGGACUGAAGGCGAGGGUGAUCUAUGGCAACUUGUUUGCUUCCUUCUUGCCUGGUAUCACCAUAUCUCUGUGUAGGAUCGCUACAGGGGACACCAAGCAGGGCCAUGCAGUGUUGUGUAGGGCUGUAGAGUUGUGGACUAAAGUAGUGUGCCUUGUCCUUGAAGAUUCCCAGCUUGAAGAAAGUCAGGAACAGAACGAGGUCCGAGAUGACCUUGACGAGAGGUUGCGGGGCCUGGUUGUACGGAGGUUGCCAGAGUGGGUGAAGGUCACAGCCUCCAAGAUGCUGGUCCUGGUGCGGCAGAUGGCCUCCCUGACAUCCCACCCCAACUGGAGGGUUAGGAAUGCUCUUGUGGACUGGGCAGACCGGCUCCUCCACCGUUGUACCAAGUCGCUGUCUGAGAGUGGUCCAGUCUUCCUGGAGGUGCUGGUGGGGAUGAUUGGGGACGAGUACUCGGCUGUGGCUGAUAGAAGCAGGAGGGUCUUGGAAACCUACAAGACUCGACAGACCAGCACUGAAAAUGCCCAACCAUUGACUGCAGUCCUUGAGGAGAACCUUCACAUCCUCGUCCUGUCACUGCCCCGACAGAUCCGUGUAGCAGAUGAAGACCAAAAAUUGUGUGCAAUCAAUUUACUGGCAGGGUACCUUGAUCUACUGGGUCCCAGCAUCCGGGGUGUCCUCCGCUCACAGCCUCAUCUGCAUCACCUGGCCCUGGCUCUGCUCCAGACGAUGGAGCUCGACUGUAGCAGCGUCAGCAUCGUCGAACAACGCACCUCCAUGCCAGGAUACGGCUCCGGAGUGAUGGACUCAGACCACCCAGCAGGGAGACCAAGAAAUGUCUUCAAACACUUCCAGGAUCACAGGAUUGCCGAUUCCCUGAUGAAAACGUGUCGUCUGCUUGGUUAUCAUGGAGAUCUGAGCAUCCUUGUUGACCACUUCUUGGACAUCGUGAAUGAAUCUGCGAGGUAUCGGAUGUCAGCAACCCUCAUCUUGAAUGAAAUUGUCUUUGGACACACCCCCAGAUCAGAACACAAGAGGGGUGGACUUGUUGAGGCAGCUGGAUUGGAACAGGGAGAACUGGACAGCACAGUCAGGAUGCUGGUGGAGGAGUACCUGUCCCCAGCCAACUUCAACCUCCAGACAGUGACGGAACCUGAUCCGUCCCCGCUCAGCAUCCUGCACCCCCCACCAGCCGCCUCCCCCACCACCGCCUCCCCCACCACAGUGGUCAGCCUCAACCAGAACAUCUGCCAGGUCUGUCUGUACAUGGAAGGCGUGGCCCGCUUCGCCUCCGUCCUGGCCCCACGCUUUCGACCCCUCCUGAUGCUGGUGCUAUACCCGCUGCUGGACAAGCUCGGGGACGACAACUCCUUGAUCAGCAGCACCGCCUACAGCGUCCUUGUGGCUUUGUGUCAGGCUUGUGAAUACAGGUCCCUAGAUGAAAUGAUUCGCCACAAUGCAGAUUAUUUGAUGAACGCAAUCUCUCUGCGUCUGCGCCACCUGGAGGCCAACUUGCGCUGUCCGACGGUGCUCCGUGUCAUGUUGCAGUACAGUGAGGCUGACAUCCUGCCUCUGGUGGACGACACGGUGCAAGAGAUUCUGAGUUGCCUUGACGACCAUUACAUUGAGGAAGCAGCCAUUUUUGUGAAGGUGCUUCAUGAACUCGUGAAGGCCAUCAACAGAUGGUUUCCAUGGAAACAGAAAGCAGCCCAACACACAGUGCCGACGGACCCCGACCCAGAUGACCAAGAAGUCAACCAUCCACCACAACAGUCUACCAGCGACAGCAUCCGAGACUUCUUCCUUGACUACCACAGACAGAGGGUGAUUGCCGACUGUGACGUGAGGGAGGAGGAGUAUGCUGAUGUGGCUGCAGACAACGUUGAUGAUGUAGAGAAAGAGGAGGCAGACAUUGAUCUCCCCAAACAUGUUUCAGCUGUGAAGGAGGUGCUGCAGCGGACCAAGCACCUGCUUGCCUCCUCUGCCCCACGGUUGCGGCUGCUGGUGUUGGAUGUCAUCAGUCAGGCUGUCAUCGCACUGCGUGACUGGAGAAAUGAACUUCUGCCUCUGGUGCACCAGCUGUGGCAGCCCUUCUCACUCCGGUUCACAGAUGGGGAAAAGCUAGUCACUAUCAAGGCUAUCCAGACGCUGGCCACCAUGUGUAAAUGCUGUGAAGACUUCCUCAGACAACGAAUUGCCAAGGAUGUCGUGCCCAAACUAGUGUCCUUCCUCACCACCCAGGAGAAGAUCAGUUGCAGUUCCGCCCAGGCGUACCAGUACACCUUGUGUUACAAGCUGCAGCUCUCCUGCCUCACACACCUCGGACCCAUCUGUCACGAGGUGGAAGCCCGUGGUCUCGAUCUGGUUGUGCAGGGUUGUCUCCCUUAUCUAAGUGCACAACAGCCCAAACCUCUCCAGCAGGCAAGCUUAACAUGCUUUCAGCAUCUCAUUGACCUUGAGCCGGAUGUCAUAUGGCUCCGACUCAGUGACCUUUACACUCCAGAUGACCCUUCACCUCCAGGGUCAGAAUUCAGGAAGGUCCAGUUCUUGACCCGGCCUGGUGAGCGGAACGAGUACUCGGACAACGUGGCACUGCUCCUCCCUCUCACGUCUUGUGCACAUACUCUAAUAAAGUCAGGACAUUCGUAAA